CGUCAAACGCGCCGCUCGCCCAUCGUAACCGCGAAACCCGCUCCAAUGCCACGCGACUCGCGAUGUUACGGCCAACCUGUGAAUAUUUAUGACGCGAGCCAUUACGCCUCAUUAUAAAUGGCACUGCAGAAGUCGAUGCCUCGGUUUACGUAUACUUUCAUAAAAUGCCAAUAAUAAAAACUAUUGUGAAAAAACUUGAACGUCGAAUUUUUAAUCACAUUAUAGUGUAUGUGCUGUUGUAUUACUAUGCCAUCGAGAGGAGCAACGCAUCUGAAAUGCCACACGAGUGCGCUUACCGCAGCUCCGAAGCGGAAACGUCGGAAAAUGCGGUUUUGUUCUGCAAAAUUCGAACUAUAAGCAGCCUGGAUAAUUUACUACAAAACAUCAGUCGGACAUACCUCGACGAUGUCACGUCAUUACAUGUCCAGUGCAGUGAAAUAUUAUUCUUUGAGAGCACACUCGCAGCGCAUACGGACAAGGCGUCGGGGAAAAAUUCAAAUCUUGGAAAGCUUCGAAACCUUUUUGUAGAUAAGUGUAAGAUCCGUCAGAUUCCGGCGCGGGCUUUUGAUAAUUUCAAGGAUCUGAAACGGCUACACGUGACAACGCAGAACAGUGAGUGGUCUGCGAUGACUAUGGAGUUACAUGAACAGGCAUUCAUUGGUUUAAGUGAGUUAAUCGAACUAGAUUUAAGUGACAAUAACAUUUGGUGCACAAAACCUGACACAUUCUGUUCCUUAUACAGUUUAAAAACAUUAAAUUUUAGUAAUAAUCACAUUCAAAAUAUUAAAACUCUCGGCUUCUCAGACUCCUUGCGUGAACUUAAUUUAAGUGUAAAAAGUUGUAAUCUAGUUUUAGAAACUCUCGAUAUGUCUUUUAAUGAUUUGAUUGUUGUACCAGAUUAUAGCUUAUCAAAGCUAAGAUCUUUAUCAAAAUUGUUUCUUCAAAAUAACGCUAUAUCUUCUAUGGAGGGUGGUGCACUUCAAGGUCUUAUUAAUUUAGAAGUAAUCAAUUUAUCCAACAACUUUCUUAAUAUAAUCCCCUUGGACAUUUUUCUAGACACAAAGUUUUUGAAAGAGAUUAAUUUGAGUAACAACACAAUAAAUUCUUUACAACCGGGUUUGUUUGGGGGAAUGGAACAGCUCCAAAUAUUAGAUUUGUCUCGUAACGAUUUAACUAGUCAGUGGAUCAGUAAGGGUAUAUUUGUAGGGCUAUUACGUAUGGUUAUAUUAAAUAUAUCUUAUAAUAGGUUGACACGAGUAGAUCGUUAUACGUUUCAGGAUUUGUAUAGUUUACAAAAAUUGAAUUUGGAACAUAAUGAGAUAACAUCAAUCGAUGAGCACGCUUUUGAAGAGCUGCGUAAUUUACACUCCCUCACGUUGUCACACAAUAAACUCAUUCACAUACACACACAUUUAUUUACAGAUUUACACGUAUUACACGAAAUAUUUUUGGAUAAUAACAGAAUUAGACAUAUUGAUGAGAAUGCGUUUGACAAUAUAACAACUAUAGAAGAUUUGGGCUUAAACGAUAACAUGCUAUCAUCAAUUCCAACUUCAAUUCGUAAACUUCGAUCUUUGAGGUCUUUAGAUAUUGGCAAUAACAAUAUAACACAUUUGAACAGAGAGAACUUUCACGGGCUGACAGAACUUUUUGGCUUACGUCUCGUUGAUAAUAAAGUGACGAUUCUAAAUGAAAAUACUUUUGAACAUUUGCCGCAGCUACAGGUACUUAAUUUAGCCUCAAACAAAAUCAAGUACGUGGCUCAAGGCUGUUUUCGUAAUAACGUUAACUUAAAAUUAUUGCGCAUGGACGGCAACGACAUUUCUGAAAUAGAUGGAAUUUUUAAUACAUUAAAUAGCUUGGUUUGGCUCAAUAUUUCAGCGAAUAAAAUAUCUUCCUUUGAGUUUUCAACUUUUCCAAACACUCUUGAAUGGUUAGACCUACACAUGAAUACUAUAACAGACUUCGUCAAUAAUGAUAUGUUCUCUAAUACAAAUAUAAAAUUACUAGAUCUUAGUUACAAUAAUAUAAGCCAAAUAACGUCUACAUCAAUACCAAAAACCGUAGAAAAACUUUACUUGAACGAUAAUAAUAUUCAUUACAUUGAAAUAGGUUCCUUUUCAAAGCUACAAAAACUGUCAACAGUGACAUUAAACAACAACAAACUUGUACAAUUCGACAUGAACGCUUUCAGGUUAGAUCAAAUAGAUGAAGAUAGUGACUUGCCCGAGUUCUUUAUAAGCGGAAACCCAUUUGUUUGUGACUGUUCAAUGGAAUGGAUUCAGCGCAUCAAUUAUUUGAGUCACAAUCGACAAUACCCACGUGUGUUGGAUCUUGAUAAAGCCUUUUGUUCAUUGGUACAUUCGCGAGCAAAAGAAAAAAAGGUGAUUAUUGAUAUGUCACCAUCGGACUUUCUCUGUCCGUAUGAUAGUCAUUGUUUUGCCCUAUGCCAUUGUUGUGACUUUGUUGCUUGUGAUUGUGAAAUGAUUUGUCCAAAUAACUGUAAAUGCUAUCACGAUAUCACAUGGAAUGCUAAUGUGGUUGAUUGCUCUAAUGCUGGGUACACUCAAGUCCCGGACAGAAUACCAAUGGACGCCACAGAAAUAUAUCUCGAUGGCAAUAAUAUACAUAAUUUGAGAAACCACGCUUUUAUCGGUAAAAAGAAACUUCAAGUUUUGUAUUUAAAUAACACAGAAUUAAAAGAUGUAAAUAACCAAACAUUUAAAGGUAUAGACUCCUUAAGAGUUUUGCAUUUAGAGAAUAAUAAAUUAGUUGAGUUAAAAGGGGACGAGUUUGUACAUUUAAAUAAUUUAAAUGAGCUCUAUUUGGACCACAAUGCUAUCGAGCACGUAGCCAGUAAUACAUUUUCUUCGUUAAAAUCUCUCUCGGUACUUAAAAUUGAUGAUAAUAAACUAAUUAACUUUUUCCCUUGGAAGUUAUUAGCUUCGUCGUCUAAAGGAAUUGCUCACGUUUCUAUCGAAGGUAACCGUUAUUCAUGUGAUUGCAAAAGUAUCGCUGAGUUAGACUCAUGGCUGCGAAAGGACCCAGGAGAUCCUGAAAAAAUGUUGUGUACAGAUAGCAAAGGCCAACCCACAAAGAUAACAAUCGCCUCUGUUCUAAGCCAUUGUAAGGAAUAUAUGGGUUCAUUAGGUGACUCUAGUAUUUUAAAGGAUGAAAUAGUCUCAAAAUCCAUAUUCCUGCCUGAUAGUUAUUUCGCCAUUGCCAGCGGUAUAAUAAUUGUAAUUGUGUUAAUAUCGUUAAUUGGCGCAAUUUUUUACGCUUUUCGAUACGACGUAAGUGAUUGGCUGUACACUAAUUAUGGCGUGCCACUUUUCAAAGAGCAGACAUGCCCUAAUGUCGAACAUAUACUAGAAGGAAACUCCCAUAUGUACGAAUAUUAUGUGAUAUGUAAUACCAAAGAUACUUGUUUUGUACAGAAUAACAUUAUGGCGGAAAUAGAAUUUAGAAAGAUGUCAGUCAAAAAACUGUUAAUGAAUGAAUCUACGUUGAACAUUUUGACCUUAGAUAGUUUCUCUAAAUGCCCAAAGUUAUCUAAACGCCUCCUUAUCGUUUUGACUACACAUUUCAUUUGCAACGAUCUAUGCGAUAUUCAUUUCAAAAAUAUGUUCUAUAGUUACUUAAAAUCGCUGAACCGAAGCGAAAUAAACAAAAUUUUAUUUAUAAAAAUAGUCGAUAACAAUCAAAUCAACGACGAGUUAGGCUUUGUGUUGGAUAAAUUUAAGAAUAUAUCGUGGAGUGAUCCACGUUUUUGGGACAAAUUUGUUGCUUUACUCAAUUCAACUGAUACUAUUAUAACCGUAAAAGGUUCUGAGAAAAGCGUAUUUAAGAAGUCAUUACGGAAGACCCCAACGCUGAGAUACACGACAAUGCCCGUCUCAAACGAUAGUUGCUCAAAGCAGAAUUUCACGAAUUCUUUACAAUACUCUAAGAGGCAUGAAGAGGAGUCCUCACAUAAUGAAAGUUCUCCUUCAUCUGACAUGUACGGGGAAGGGAACAAUUCGAACAAUAGUUACAUGUCGAUCGACAGGACAUGUUCUCGGUUUAAUUAUGACCUUAGGAAAUCCCCUAGUAGCGGUCAUGUCUAUUCAAGAGUGGAGGAUAUUUCCCCAACCAUACCUCGCUCAAUUACAGGCAACUCGGCAAAAGGCCGCACUUACUUCGUUUGACUUACUUUUUCUAGCGCACCUUUUCAUACUGUAUAUAGCCCGCUUCAAACACUUUUGUCAAUUUAUUAUACGUAAUAGAAAUAUGUGCAGUGAAAUUAUAUUAAGAAAUUUUUACAAUACAUUGUACACAAUUCAUAAGAAGUAAUGAGUCUGAUAAGAGUUUGAGUACUGAAUCAAUAAUUUAUCAUACACAUAUUUAAAUUCUAGUCGAAGUAAAUAGUAACAUCGCUUGUUAUGUAACCUCACUGUAAAAUAACACCAAAUUAUGAAUGAUUAAGGGUCUGUUAUACAAUGUCCGGAUAAGUUCCAAAUAAGCUAUUUAAUACUUAUUGGUAGGAUAAACAGUAUUUUUACGUUUCACGACUGUCAAAUAGCGCUAUUCGUCAUGAAACGCGAAAUAUCUUUUUCGGAACUUUAAUCUUUCGAAUAAUUAUUUUAUGUGUUGCAUAGCUAUUUGGUACUUUAUUCAUACAUUGUGAAACAGGCCCUAAGCUUCGUUUAAUUUAAUUUUUAAUUACUAAUUACCCUUAUUUAUGUAUUUUGUAUUGAUUGUAACGAAAAAAUAUAGAGCUCAGUGCUCUCGCUAAGCGAAAUUACUAAGAAUAUUUAUUUUAAUUAAGCAUUCUACUAAAUAAGUUGAAUAUUUAGAUGUAUAAUUGUGAAAUUUGGUUUUCGCAAGUCAUGUUGUUUGUAUGAAAAAUAUAAAAUAAUAAAUAAAAAACAUUUUAUUUUCUUUUUUACGUUUCUGAAUAUACAUAGUUUUUAUUGCAUUUAUGCUAUUUUUAAUAUGAAUUCUUUAUCCGGAAUUGAUUUUUUUGGAAUUUCAAAUGUAUGUACAUAACCAAGUUUGAGCAGAUAUUAUUUUUGUAAACAAAUAUUAACUUGUUUAAGCACUUAUCUUCAUACUUAUAAAAAAGACAUUUUGAAG